AUGACCAUAUUUAUUUUGAUGACUUUUGCUCGUAUAUAUAGUACGUUCCCAUUUUAUAUCGGCGUUUACCUAGUAGGAAAGUCGCAGUCUACAUGUUCAGAGCCGCAGCUGGGAUUGGUUGUAGAUGAUCUGACCAUGCUAGAACCGGCCAAAGUAACAUCAAAAACCAAAGGACUGGUCCCUCUACAUUCUCCGGAUGCACCUCUUGGUUUCAGAGAAGAUCGAAUUCAGAUCUUGCCUUGCAUCUAG